UAGUUAAUAGUUAAAAGUUAACCAUGGUUCGGUUAACAUUAAACCCUUUUUCCUCUUUUAACAAACCCCAAAACCUUUCUUCAGAUUUUCUCUCUGCUUUUCACAAUCUUCGUCUCAAUUUUUUCCUGCAAAAUUCCGAUCGCCAUGGAUGAUGGAGCUGUUGAGAUACGUGAAGAGCAACGUGACAGACGUGAAGAGAAACGUCGAUUGAUCGUUCGAUUCGUCGCCGCAGUAGCGCUCGAUCUUUUCACCGGAGUCUACAAACGAGCAGCUGGUUUCGACGGUUCAGAUCCAAAUUCGGGAACGGAGACGACAGAGAACGAACACAGUGCGUUCUUUUGGGCAGCGAUUUUCAACAAAGUAGCUCAUUUAUCUUGUAUGUUGGUCAUUUUUCAAAUACUUUCCUCGGUGGUGGUGUUGGGACGACGGAUGCGAAGUCACCGAGAAGACUGCGAUAUGAAGCUUCUGGGUGGUUUCAUCAGCGUAACGAUCUCGCUCUGUCUCAUGGCGUAUCAUCGCUGGUGGGUGAGUUGUUAGUCGAUCUCUGCUUUCUUCGUUUAUUAAGACCAUCGCCGAAUGGUUUCAAUCUCUAUCUCGCCUAAUGUGCUCGCUCUCUUGGGUUACCUUGGCUAGUUCGUCGUGGCGUGAGUCAGAAUCAUCCUCUGCUUUUUCUUUGUAUGGAACGGUGUCGUUUUAGUGAGAUCAUCUCUCUUUCUUCUCUUCUUUUCUUUUUUCUCCGUUUCUUUGGUUUGGGAUUGAGCAUGGUUUGUUGAUAGAGGUCUUGAACAUGAUUUUAUAAAUACCAUUUGAUAUUGAAGUCCAA